AUGGCUAAAACACCAAUAAUGAUUUUACAAGAGUUAGGAGUGAAAGAAGGUUUUUUACCGACUUAUAUUUCAACUUAUUCACAAACUAUUGGACAAGCUUUGAACAAAAAAGAGGCAAAACAAAACGCAGCUCAAAAUAUGUUAACGUUACUAAGAGAAUCAAAGAGUACUCCUAUAAUAAGACCAGUAUUACCAUUAAAAAAUAUUAAUACUGGUACGUCAGUUUUGCCAAAUUCACCUUUAUUAAAUCAAGCAUUGUUGUUGGAAGAUCAUAAAAAUUAUAUUGGCUCUUUACAAGAAUUCUGUAUAGAAAAUAAAUUAAUACAGCCUGAGUAUGAAAUUAGUCAAACAACUGGACUAGCGCAUGAAAAGAAUUUUACGAUGUCCUGUAAAAUAGGGGCGAUAACCGAAGAAGCAAUAGGAACUACAAAAAAGCAAGCCAAACAACUAGUUGCAAAAAAAAUGUUACAACGUCUUCACAAUUCUAAUGCAUUGAUUAUACCUAAAAGUCAGUGUGAAUCAAAAAUGAAUGAUGGUUCUGAAAUGUGUGACGAUAAUAUGUCUAAAGAAGCAAACACAAAUGCUUUUGAGGAGUUAGGUUUACGAAUAGUCAAUCUUAAUGUAAACAUACUUCAGAAUGAUAUCGAAACAAAAUAUUUAGAAUUGACUUCCAAGAAAUGCUCAGCUGUGCUUUCAAAUGAAAAUCUUAACUUCCAGAAUUAUCAUUUAUUUUUUAAAGGUUUUAUUUGUGAUAAAGUUUGCGAUGAAAAAAAGACUAUAUCUUGUAAAAAUCCGUUGCUAAAGAUGGUUGCUUUUAAAAUACAUACUCCUCUACCUAUUAUUCAAUUUGGUGCGAAUAGCAACUUAAUGACUGCAGAGAUAAUAGCUUUACGCAAUAUACUUGACACAGUUAUGAUUUAUUUGAAAUAA